GGUUACAAAAAUGACUAUCGAGUUUAAAAAGGAAGACCAAAAGCAAAUGACGAAGUGGAUUGGUGGUAGGAAGAAAUACUCUCUUUUGUAUAAGGCUUCAAGAGACGGAUGUACUGCAACAGCUUUCCAUAAUACCUGUAACAAUAAAGGACCAAAUGUAACGAUCCUUUAUAAUAACGAUAAUUUCAUAUAUGGUGGGUACACUUCACUCAGUUGGAAAAGUGUUGGAAAUUACCAAGUUGACACCAAAGCAUUUCUCUUCAGACUUUAUCAAAACGGAAAUUGGAAGCCGGUGCAAAUGCCAAUACACAAUACACAAAAUAGCAUAUACGACCAUGCAAGCUAUGGACCAACAUUUGGAGCUUACGAUCUGCAUGCAUUUUCUAGCACAAUUAACUUUGAUGGAACAAUUUUUGGUUUGAAUGGAUCUACAGCUUUUGGAACAUCCUAUACAAUGAAUGGCGAAAACUAUAAUUCAAUUGCGAAUGGCAACCUGCAAGUUAAAGAUAUUGAAGUGUAUCUAGUAGAAGGCAAGUACAAAUCUUUUUGA